AAUCGGAGAGAUCAGACCUGAUCCGCCCGCAGCAGCCGCCGAGCCUCUCCAGCGUGCGCUUCGCUAGACCCCACGGCGCAUGCGGAACCACCUCGCCUCACGCAAGCGCCGAUAGAGUAAGGGCCCCUCUUCGCCACUGACCAUAGAGUCUAGGUCCUCCGAGAACAGGAAGAACGUGGAUCAUAGGAGAAUCCGAAAAGAAGCGGAAGUAAAGAGUGCUGACGCCGGCUGCCGCUUAGCAACGCGAGGCUGGUCAAGUGAUCAGACCAGCUGACUCCGGUGGGGGACGAUCGAGUGCCGGGGUUUGCAGCAGCCACGACUGCCGGGCGGGGAACCCGAGCCGAACCACCGCUGUCAGAAUGUCGGGCAAGGACCGAAUUGAGAUCUUUCCCUCCCGAAUGGCCCAGACCAUCAUGAAGGCUAGAUUAAAAGGAGCACAGACGGGUCGAAACCUCCUGAAGAAAAAAUCUGAUGCCUUAACUCUUCGAUUUCGACAAAUUCUAAAGAAGAUAAUAGAGACUAAAAUGUUGAUGGGUGAAGUGAUGAGAGAAGCUGCUUUUUCACUGGCUGAGGCCAAGUUCACAGCAGGGGACUUUAGUACCACAGUUAUCCAAAAUGUAAACAAAGCCCAGGUGAAGAUACGAGCAAAGAAAGAUAAUGUAGCAGGUGUUACUUUACCAGUAUUUGAACAUUACCAUGAGGGCACAGACAGUUAUGAACUGACUGGUUUAGCCAGAGGUGGGGAGCAGUUGGCUAAAUUAAAGAGGAAUUAUGCCAAAGCAGUGGAACUACUGGUGGAACUAGCUUCACUGCAGACGUCCUUUGUUACUUUGGAUGAAGCUAUUAAGAUAACCAACAGGCGUGUAAAUGCCAUUGAACAUGUUAUCAUUCCCCGGAUUGAACGUACCCUUGCUUAUAUCAUCACGGAGCUGGAUGAGAGAGAACGAGAAGAGUUCUACAGGUUAAAGAAAAUACAGGAGAAGAAAAAAGUUCUCAAGGAAAAAUCUGAGAAGGAUUUGGAACAACGAAGGGCAGCUGGAGAGGUGCCGGAGCCUGCUAAUCUUCUGGCUGAAGAGAAAGAUGAGGAUCUUUUGUUUGAAUAAUCUUUCUUGCUGUGGUUCUUUCUGAAACCCUAACAUGGCACCAUUCUCAUUCAUGGUGUAUAGAUUUGGUAUGUGUGGCUAUUUAUUUUUUGGCCUAAGAUUUCCACUUAUGGGGUCAUCUUUGUGGAAACACAUUUCAGCAAUCGUUUAUCACAGAUGAGAUUUGUAGAAACAUCGCAGGAGCAUAUAGCAGUGUCUGCACUUACUCUGAAGUGUCUCCCUACUCCAUUGACAUCUGUGUUUCAAAUGAUCCAUUUAUCAUUAGAAAAUACCCAUUAGGAAACAGCAGUGUCUCAGGUCAGCACAUGUAGGCCAACUACUGCUGGGCACCCUUUGUUCCUACCCACUUCAGACCUUGGGGCUGUCUUGAGAUUGAUGCAGCUAUCCUUGUGUUACUGUGGUACUUCUCUCCUCAAGCUUUCUGAAAACCUAAUUUUCGUGCAUGACAGAUCUCUGUCCUGUCCUGGCAGCAGUUCUGCCAAUUUAAAUGUAACUAUGAUAUAAAGAGUAAAAUGGUUUUAAAAUGGACUGUUCUAAUCAUGUUCU